GCAGCUCAUCACAUGGACGUGCGCUCCCUACUCCUGUCGACGACCCAUCGGCCAUCGAUCAUGAGGUCGUCGUCGUCGACGACGACGGUUGCAGCAGCGGUUCUUGUCAUCGCCGUCGUCGUCCUCGCCUCCGGUGGUGGUGGUGUCGUUGGCGUGGCGGCGCGGCCGGUGGUGGGGCUGGGGCAGCAGAGCCGCGGCGGCGCCUCCGGCAGUCGCGUCUUCGUCGCGGUGGAGUUGGCGUCGGGCACUGAUUCCUCGGCGCAGCCGUCCAACUGCACCUACGGGAACAACGUCGGCGGCGUGUGCCCUCCCUUUCCUCCCAGCACUCCCGGUGUUGGGCACUAGCGCGUUCAGUGCCCGGCUACACCUGACCAGAACCAGAUGUCCGCGUUGCAGGCACAGCAGCUAAGCUACACUGUGUAGUAAAUGAGUACCACCAGCCACUGUGUGUAGUUUCAUCCCAUGUCCAAAUGAUUAACAGGACGGGCCUAAUAUAUUCGCAGGGCCCAAAUGGUUUCUGGUGUUUUGUAUUGGAAUUUGAUUUGACGCGUUAAGCCUGUGUGGACGUUCGUCAAUGAUGUUUUUUUUAUUGAGAUUGAAAUUGCCGCCAAGGCAUCAAGUGAUGUACGUAGUCCUCCUACCACGGUGCAUUGCAGAUUUGUAAUGCACUCUGCUGUCAGUUGUGUUAGGGGGACUCCCAUAUAUAUGCCCAAUAUAUACAGUUCUUAUGGUA